AUGUCCAAGAAGCUGCUAGUGAUUGGCGGUGCUGGUGCGCUGGGUCGCGGCGUGGUCAGCCACUUCACACGUGCGUCAUGGAGAGUCACUUCGGUGGACUUCUCGGUGAACACGAUUGUGUGCACUGCCGGGGGCUGGGCAGGCGGCAGUAUCCGAGACGCGGACUCGCUAUUCAACUUGGGAGAAAUGUACUCCAAGAACCUCGAGUCUGCGUUCCUGGGCGAGUGA